AUGUCACGAUCAACAUCAAAUCGCUCGUCCAACAGUAAUGGUUCAUCUGGUACUGAAAUGUAUGAAUUUAUAUGUACUACAAGUAAUGAAGAUAAUUUAAAUACAAUUCAACGUACUGAAUCAAAUCUUUCAAACGAUAGUCUCACCAAUAGAUCACAUCUACGACAAUUACUUUCACAUGCACCUUUUUCAACAAUUCAACAUCGACAUGUUAUACCAAUGCAUCAUCAACUUUCUUGUCUGAAAAAAAAAUUAAAAUCAACUCGAAAUAAACUUAUAAAUAAUAAUUAUAAUAAUAAUAAUAAUAAUCAAGAAAAAAAUAAAGGAUAUCUUAUGGUUGAAAAAAUUAAUUCAGAUUUUAUUUUAUUACCAAAUGAUAAUAUUGAUCAAGAAGUAACACAAAAUCCUCAAUCAGGUGUACAAACAAAUGAAAUUACAUUAGCUACUAAUUCAAUUGAAUAUUUAUCAACGAUAUCAAAUACAAAUGACCUUUUAGAAACGCAACAAUCAUUAUUUCGUCCAUGUACAACAUCUAUUGACAAUUGUUUAAUUGAUAGAUUCAAAGAUCUGUCGACACAAUUAAAUGUUGAAUUUGAUGUACCUAUAGAUGAUCUUUUAAAUAUUUAUGAUACACAAAUAUCGGAGACCCUGUCAACGCAAUCAUUAUUAUCGACACAUGAUUCAAAUCGUGAAUAUACUCGAAUUAAUCGAUCACUGCUUAGUGAUUCUGAAUAUAGUAAUGUAUCUUUGAUAUGA